UUUUCAAAAGUGUCGUUAACAUAAACAGCAGUAAAUCUGGGGCACCAUGCUUUUUUUUCAAAGUUGUUAAGAAGAAUUAUAUCAGUCUGCAGGUGUCACGCGCAGUUUCUCAGAAUCAGAAAGAAGGCUGAUCAGGGGGUAGAAGAUCUCCAUCUAUCUAUCUUUUUGCAACCAACCACGUCCAGGCUGUUUAUUUAAUACUUCCUCUUGCUAAUGAAGGUACUGUUUGGGGAUGGGUCGGGCUUUCCCAUCUCCGCAUAAGACUGCACGAUUUGAAUGUGCCCUGGCCACGGCUUCCCUGACCACCGCAGGUACCCCAGGCAAGAAUCUGAGCAGUAAUAACAGCAAGCGCGGAGGCAAGACACAUCAAAGCAGAGAUGGGAAGUGAAAGAGCUCUCGUUCUGGACAGAUUAGCAAGCAAUGUGGCAAAACGAAAAAGCUCAAUGCCUCAGAAAUUCAUUGGUGAGAAGCGCCACUGCUUUGAUGUCAACUAUAACUCCAGCUAUAUGUACGAGAAAGAGAGUGAGAUGAUACAGACCCGAAUGAUGGACCAAGCCAUCAAUAACGCCAUCAGCUACCUGGGCGCCGAAGCCCUGCGCCCCUUGGUCCAGACACCGCCUGCUCCCACCUCCGAGAUGGUUCCAGUGAUCAGCAGCAUGUAUCCCAUAGCCCUCACCCGGGCUGAGAUGCCCAAUGGUGCCCCUCAGGAGAUGGAGAAGAAGAGCAUCCACCUUGCAGAGAAGAGCAUGCCUUCCGAAAGAGGCCCCUCCCCCAACAACAGUGGCCACGACUCCACGGACACUGACAGCAAUCACGAAGAACGCCAGAAUCACAUCUAUCCGCAAAAUCACCUGGCCCUUCCUCGGGCCCGCAACGGGAUGCCACUUCUGAAGGAGGUCCCCCGCUCUUAUGAACUCCUCAAGCCCCCACCCAUCUGCCCAAGAGACUCCAUCAAAGUGAUCAACAAAGAGGGGGAGGUGAUGGAUGUGUAUCGGUGUGACCACUGUCGCGUCCUCUUCCUGGAUUAUGUGAUGUUCACUAUUCACAUGGGCUGCCACGGCUUCCGUGACCCCUUUGAGUGUAACAUGUGUGGAUAUCGGAGCCAUGAUCGGUAUGAGUUCUCAUCUCACAUAGCAAGAGGAGAACACAGAGCCAUGCUGAAGUGAAUAUCUCGUCCCAAAGAUUGUCCCAGGGUGUUCAACAUCAUUUUUUAAAACCAGUAACCCAACCUAACAGAUUGCUCUCAAAACACGCCCAGUUUCAAACUCCUUUCAGACCAUUUUAGGUAUCCAAAGGGUGGUGUUUACAUGGGUAGCCAGAGAAACACUGUCUUCAUUCAGAAAUUAUUUGCAGGUCUAUCAUGUUAUUACUUUUGCGAAACCUUUGUUUUCCCGUCAGGGACUUGAAUUUUAUGGAAUUUAAAAGUCAAAGAAGUAUUGGUCAUUAUCUUUUGCAGCAAUAGAAUGGGCAUCUGUUGACAUUUGUUGCCAGUCA